AUGGCCCCCAACAAGAAGAGCGGCGGUGCCAAGAAGGCCUCUGGCUGCUGCAACUGCAGCUUCACCAAGAUCCUGACCUGGAUUGGCAUCUUCAUCGGCAUCUUCACGCCGAUUGUCUACGUGCUCGAGCGCAACCUCGAGAGCUUCUACAUCUUCAAGACGGGCGAGCUGCACGACCUCGCCAAGCGCGCCGUGGCACUCUACCCGGACGACACGGCCGCCAUUGUCAAGCACAUCGUCGACGAGCUCGCCGAGAAGCACCCCAAGCACGUCAACCCAGCCCACGAUGUCAGCGCCGAGUGGAUGUUCAACAACGCGGGUGGUGCCAUGGGCGGCAUGUACCUCCUCCAUGCUAGCAUCACCGAGUACCUCAUCAUCUUUGGCACCCCGAUCGGCACAGAGGGCCACACGGGCCGGCACACGGCCGACGACUUCUUCCACAUCCUGACGGGCACCCAGUACGCCUACGCCCCUGGCUCGUACAAGCCCGAGAUCUACAAGGCCGGCGACGUGCACCACCUCCGCCGCGGCACCGUCAAGCAGUACAUGAUGCCCGAGACGGGCUGCUUCGCGCUCGAGUACGCCCGCGGCUGGAUCCCGCCCAUGCUCUUCUUCGGCUUCGCCGACGGCCUCUCGAGCACCCUCGACUUCCCGACCCUGUGGCAGACCACGCGCAUCACCGGCCGCGAGAUGAUUGGCAACCUGCUUCGCGGCAAGCUCUAG